UUAUAAAGGCAGCCCCCAAUCCCACCUUUCUCCAUAAUCUUAACGCCCACACUCUCCUCUUCCGAUUCCUAGUAUGUUGGGCAACAGACCUCGUCCCAUGAUCGGCAAGUUGUCAGGACUGCUGAUCUCCGGCGCCCGUGCCGCCGCGCUCACGGACACCGCCGGCAGCCCGAGGGGUCCCUUGGACGUGAGCUUCAAGAUGCACUCGCCUAGGGGGCUGAAAAGUUACGAUCUUGGCGGUGUUGGUCUGGGAAUUGUCGUGGCUCUUAAUAAGUCCGGCGAAGGCGGGAGGGAGAUUCUGCCGAAAUCCGCCGUCUGUAGUCCGGGUUUGACCCGAUCGGAGCCGAUCCCGGUCCGGUCAAUCAAGAACCCAGAUGGGUUUCACGACAGGGGUGUGAGUGAAAUGGAGUUGGGAAGCUUGGAGGAUUAUACCUACGUGACUUGUCAUCUACCUAACAAGACCAUCACCAAGGUUUACUACGAUGGAGGUGAUGGCGAGAAUUGGAGAAAUGAAUAUAAUGAAACUAUCAAAACCAACGUAUGUAUUCCCAAAAGAACUAACCCAGAAAGCGUAAAUGAAGCAGAACCAUCUUAUCCAACCUCCGAUUUCCUCAGUUCAUGUCACUUGUGCAGAAAGAAACUCCAUGGCAAAGACAUCUACAUGUACAGAGGAGAGAAAGCUUUUUGUAGCCAAGAGUGUCGUUCGAGUCAGAUAUUGAUGGACGAGAGGAAAGAGCAGUGUAGGUCAGAAGCAUCAAGGUCCGUGGAAGUGUCAAGCUCGCCAUAUAAAAGAGACCAAAUAUUUUCAACUGGGAUUCUCGCUCUUUGACGCUUGAUAUAUAUGCGUGUCUGCCUCUGGUAUUGGGAAGCCAUGGAAGAUAAACCAGAGACUGAUGCUACUAUGACCACCAAAGUACAUAAAAUACGACUAUACUAGUAAAUUAUCAUCAUCCUUAUCAGAAUUAAGACCGGUUGAUGGUAACCCAGACGAAUUUUUGAUCCGAGGAAAUAAUAUAUGUUCUGAUGUGCCGAGAAUUAUAAUGAGAUUUUUUUUUUUUUUCCA